AUGUCGACGCCCAAACCAACAGUCUCGUCCGCAACGCAGCGGCUGGCAUCAAUCAACCGCCAGUUCUCAACCUCCCCUUCAAUGGCGUUCGAGGUGAAGAAGCUGGGCGUCGUGGGCGCGGGACAGAUGGGUCUCGGCAUCGCUCUUGUUGCGGCCCAAAAAGCCUCCGUUCCUGUAACCCUCGUCGACUCCUCGCAAGCGGCGCUGGACAAGGGCCUCGCUUUCGCCGACAAGCUCCUAGCCAAAGAUGUCUCGAAGCAGAAAAUCACGGAGGAGAUCGCCAAAGAGACACGCGGACGCCUGACACCCACACUUAAAAUGGAGGAUCUGUCCGACGUCGACAUGGUGAUCGAGGCCGUGCCAGAGAUUCCCGCGCUCAAGGAAAAGAUCUUCGCGCAGCUCGCCGAGGUGUGCCCCAAGCAUGCCAUCUUGGCCACCAAUACAUCAUCCAUCAGCAUCACCAAGAUCGCGGCCGCAACCACAAAAGAUCCCAAGGAUAUGAGUGCCAGCUCGCGGGUAGUAAGCACCCACUUCAUGAACCCGGUCCCCGUGCAGAAAGGUGUGGAGAUCAUCUCUGGGAUUCAAACAUCACAAGAAACCGUCGAUCGCGCCGUCGCGUUCUGCGAGCGCAUGGGCAAGGUGGCCUCCGUCUCGGCUGACUCGCCUGGCUUCCUGGCAAACCGCAUCCUGAUGCCCUACAUCAACGAAGCGAUCAUCUGUCUGGAAACCGGCGUUGGAAAGAAAGAGGACAUUGACAAUAUCAUGAAGAACGGUACGAACGUGCCCAUGGGUCCCCUGCAACUGGCGGAUUUCAUCGGUCUGGACACGUGCUUGGCCAUCAUGGAGACGCUGCAUCAAGGACUGGGCGACAGCAAGUACCGGCCAAGUGUACUAUUACGGCAGUAUGUGGAUGCCGGCUGGUUAGGAAAGAAGAGUGGGAAAGGCUUCUAUGACUACUGA